AUGGAUAAAAAUAUUGGCGAGCAACUCAAUAAAGCUUAUGAAGCCUUUCGACAGGCAUGCAUGGAUAGAGAUUCUGCAGUAAAAGAACUACAGCAAAAAACUGAGAACUAUGAGCAGAGAAUACGUGAGCAACAGGAACAGCUGUCACAUCAGCAAACGCUCAUUGACAAGCUCAAGUCACAGUUACUUCUGGUGAAUUCCAGUCGAGAUAACAGUUGUGGCUAUGUUCCCCUGCUUGAAGACAGUGAAGCAAGGAAGAAUAAUUUGACUCUUGAUCAGCCUCAUGAUAAAGCAAAAUCAGGAAUACCAAGAGAAAAAGAAUCAAAGGGUGGCCACACUUCGAAGAAGACUUUCUGGGAUCUGAAAGAAGAAUUUCAUGGAAUAUGCAUGCUAGCUAAAGCACAAAAAGAUCACUUAAGCAAACUUAAUGUACCAACCACUGCAGCUGAGACACAGUGCUCUAUGCCUAUACAGUGUACGGAUAAAACAGAUAAACAAGAAGUGCUGUUUAAGCCUCAGGCAAAAGAUGAUAUAAAUAGAGGUGCACCAUGCAUCACAUCUGUCACAUCAAGAGGACUGGGCCAAGAUGAGGAAGACACAUCUUUUGAAUCACUUUCUAAAUUCAAUGUCAAGUUUCCACCUACGGACAAUGACUUGACUUUCUUACAUAGCACUCCAGAAAGACCCGAUGUCCUUGGUUCUGUCACAGCUGAGACUGUGUGCCAGGAUCAAUUUAAUAUGGAGCCCAGAGACAAUCCAGGAAACUUUGUCAAAACAGAAGAAACUUUAUUUGAAAUUCAGGGAAUUGACCCCAUAGCUUCAGCUAUACAAAACCUUAAAACAACUGACAAAACAAAACCCUCAAAUCCUUGUAUUAGGACAUCUCUGGACAGAGUUCCGUGUUUGCCACCUGGAGACCAUAAUGCAUUAUUUGUAAAUACAUUCCCACUUCAGGACCCAUCUGAUGCACCUUUUCCUUCACUCGAUUCCCCAGGAAAAGCUAUCCGAGGACCACAGCAGCCCAUUUGGAAGCCCUUUCCUAAUCAAGACAGUGACUUAUCAGUACCAAGUGGCACAGGCUCUGAACUGCAUAUACCUCGAGUAUGUGAAUUCUGUCAAGCAGUUUUUCCACCAUUCAUUACAUCCAGGGGGGAUUUCCUCCGGCAUCUUAAUUCACACUUCAAUGGGGAGACUUAA